GAACCGCACGGAUAGACAAUAUAAUUGUGCAUAUUCUUAUUUAUUCCUUUUAGUAUAAUGACGACAAAUCUAAAAAAUGCAUAUGAAAUGCUGACGAAAGUUAACUCUAGUUUAGAAAAGAAUCGAGUUCAAGUGGAAGAAUUACGGCAACAAAUGCAACUUUUACAAGCAAUUGAUCGCAAGCCCCUGCUGGAAAAUAUGAACAAAAUUGUGCUGGAACAGCGAAGACUGGUGGUAGUUAGAGAAAUCAUACGACGCCAAUUGAAUUCGAUUAGAAACAAUCAUAUCGAUAAGCUUAUACUGUCAAACAAAAGCAACGUCAAUGAAGACGCCCAUCAAACGGGCAAUAUUGAGAAUGAAAAAGAUGCAGGGAAAUGCCUAAAAGAACUGCUGGAAUACGCAGUACUUCAGCAAAACUAUCGAGCUACAGCGCUGCUAACUAAAGCACAAAAUGCAUUCCGUGAUGAAAAUAUAGAUUAAGAGACUUCAAUAAAGCAACAGUAGGUAUAAGAGUUUUCUGAUAAAAACUAUAUUUAAGGGACUGAAAGAUUGUAAACAAAAACAAUAAACAUAUGUAUGUAUUUAUUAA